AUGAAGAGUGUUCCCCAACUCCAACAGGGGCUUUUAGGGGAUCCCACAAGGAUGAAUGAAGUAGUUUCAGACGAGAGGAAUCCACACGCCCACACGGUCGAUUCGGUGAUUACCGAAUUUCCCACGACUCUGAAAGACAUACCUGAAGAAGACCGUGAAUUACUCGUAAACGACGCAUUCAAACAUUACGCUCUCACUGUCGAAGAACCUACGAUCUGGAUCCCUCGAGACAAACUUGGCGUCAGCGAUGAUGAAGUUUACCAAUGUAAACAAGUUUCAAGUUCUGUUUCUAUGUCCAACCUGCGUGCUGAUUUAGAUGAUCAUGGGCGUGUGGUCUGCGAUGGCAAACCACCCGAUGUUUCUAGAUUCACCUAUGUGAAGCUUUAA